AUGAAGGUCGACGGCGAAAAGUCCAAGCCCCAACCCGCGCGCAGCCUCAGAGCCCGAAAAUCUUCCGACACUCGUUUGACGCAACCGCAACAGGCGUCAUCGCCCCUCAAGCCCUCCGACACGACCCGCUCUCCCGACAGCAGCAGAGGCGCCGCCCCCUCGAAGCGCAAGACUGCAUCCACCGCAGCGCUGCCCGCCCCAACUCCUGCAACGUCUUCGCGGAUCCGCGCGGUCGACUCGCCUGUCUCGGAGCAUAGCAGCCAAGGCUCCCACGCAGACGGCUCCUACUCACGCAGCCUCUCCCCCUUGUCGGCACCAGCCACGCCGGCCACCAACCUCUCCAUCGCCUCGACCACGCAUUCCUCAUCGGCUCGAUCGGCAGGCAAGAAGGCGCAUCGCGCAGACGUGACCGACAAGUCUGCCCCUACAUCCGCCGGCGACGCCUCCGGAGCCUUCUCCGCGUCCCUGCCGGGCCCCACGAACAAGGCCAAGGGUAAAGGCAAGGCGAAAGAGCCCAGCACUCCGCCCAAGCAGACCGGCUCGCCCGCCACGAGGAGUACGAGAUCGGCCGCCGCCACAACCGCCACGGUCGCUUCGGGCUCGAAGGCCAGCACCUCGAAGAAGCGCAGCGCCGAGACAAUCGCACCGCAGGCAACCGACCGCCAGAGCGCCUCGAAGCGACAGAAGCAGUCCUCUCAGGACGGCGGCCCCUACAACCUGCGCUCAAAGGACAGCAGCGCCAGCAGCUCCAGAGUCAAGACCUCGAAGAUGGCGCCGAGGAAGGGCAGCGGUGAUUUCAGCCUGACCCGCGGCAGCGGGGGAGCCGGUUCGCAGCCAGGCUCGGUCACCCCGGCAGCCAAGGGCAAGGGCAAGGCGAAGGGCGGUCGCCCAACCAGGGCCAAAGCUUUCCGAGACCCGGACGACGUCGAAUGCGCAGACGACGACCUUGAUCGCAUCUGCGACGGAGACGCAAUCGACGCGGCGGAUCAAGGUUUCCACGACGAUGGUGAAGACGACGAUGUCGAGAUGGUCGACGUCCAGGACUCGACUUCGCCGGCGCGUAACCAGACAUCCGCCGAUUGCGAGGGUCGGGAGGGAUCGGAUCGCCGGAGCAAGGGCGAUCAGCAGCGUGACGACGUCGCCGCCGACGAGGAAGACGAUGGAGGCCACGACGACGACUUUGCCACCAUCGAGGACGAAGACGACGAGGCCGCAGAGCGCUUCGAAGACGAGGACGACGACGAGGGCGACGACGACGAGGACGACCCGUACGGAGACGUGAGGGACGAUGGUGGAUCCGCCGCCUUUGGCCUCAACCUGCGGGCGAUGGCCGGCUACAUGUCGGGUCUCACCGGACGUUUCCGUACCCUGCUCGCGUCUCUCAAGGAUGCAUCGGACCCGACGACGCAGCUCGUGUCGCUCCAGGAGCUGUCCGAGCUGCUCAGCGUCAGCACGGAGGACACUUUGGCCGGCUACUUUCCGACCGAGGCCUUUGUCAAGGAGCUGGUCCACAUCAUGGGCGGACCCAAGCCCGGCGAUGCGCGCGUCACGGGCGAUUCCGGAGGACAGCUCCACGAAGCCGACGGCGAUGCAGAGAUGGCGGCAGCCAUUGCCGCCGCCGCCGCCGCCGACUUUGAGGAGGACAACGGCGAAAAGAUGCUGCUGGCGUGCCGCUGCCUGGCCAAUCUGAUCGAGGCCAUGCCCUACACGGCCCACAGCGUCGUCAGCAACGGCGCCAUCCCGGUGCUCACCUCGAAGCUGAUGGAGAUCACUUUCAUCGACCUCGCCGAGCAGGUGCUGCAGACGCUCGAGAAGGUGUCGCAGGAGUUCCCGAGCGCCAUUGUCAAGGAGGGUGGCCUCACGGCAAUCCUGCAGUACCUCGACUUCUUCAACAUCCACAUCCAGAGAACCGCCAUGACGGCGGCCGCCAACUGCUGCCGCAAGCUCUCGGCCGAGGCAUUUCCCAAGGUCAAGGAAGUCAUGCCCACGAUCCAGAACGUGCUCGGUUACAGCGACCAGCGCCUCGUCGAGUCGGCGUGCAAAUGUGUCGUGCGGACCGUGGAGAGUUAUCGGCAUCAGCCGGAUCUGCUGGAGCAGCUGCUGACCUCGGAGCUACUCUCUGCGAUCAACGGCCUGCUGCUCCCGGCAUCGGCCGGCGGCCAAGGCGGCUCCAACACCUCGCUCGGAUCCAACACGUACACCGACGUCCUCAAGGCGCUGGGCACCGCCUGCCGCGCCAGCCCCAAGGUGGCCGUGGCCCUCCUGGAGAACAACAUUGUCGAUGUCCUCUACCACCUGCUCACGGGAUCAGCCCCGCCCAGCGACGGCACCGACGAAAAAGUCACGGGAGCGGCGAGCGCGGUCCGAGCUAUGGACCUCGAGUCCGCUAACGCAACCGCGGGCGGCGCAGAGGCGGCUGCCGUCGCCGUGGUACCCGACGACCAGGGCACCGUUGCCGUCGCCGACAUGGCGGUGCUCCAGAACCUCGCCCAGCGACCCAAGGAGCAGGUCCAGGAGGCCCUCUCCCUCAUCGGCGAGCUGCUGCCGCCGCUUCCCAGGGAUGGCGUCUUCGACACGCGAGCGUACUCUGAAAAGGCCUACCUUAGGCGCAAGGCACAGGAGGCCAAGAAUCGCAAGAAGGAAACUGCCUCGAGUUCGGCCAAGGAGGUCGACGCUGCCGGCUCCAAGGCUGAGGGUGUGACGGCGGAUGGCGAUUCCUCGGCCUCGGCUUCGGCUUCGGCGGCCGACGAGCCGUCGGAGCGCAGCGAGGUCUCGCCUUCCAACAGUGCUGGAUCGUCGCCGUCCGCCAAGGCGGACAAGCCGCGAUCCGACCGCGAGGCUGCCAAGGAAGCUGCCCAGGCCGCGCGGGUCAGGCUGCUGCAGGGCCGCGAGGUCGCCGUGGAGCGCUUCACUCACCUCAUCCUCCCCACGCUGGUCGAGGUCUAUGCGGCCAGUGUCGCGCAGCACGUCCGCUCCAAGGCCAUCAACGGGAUUCUCAAGAUUCUCAGCUUUGUCGAGCCCGAGCCUCUCGGCCGCGCCCUCGACAACGUACCCCUCGCUGGCUUCGUAGCCGCCAUCCUGUCUACCCGCGACCAUCCCCAGCUCGUGCACGGUGCCCUGCAGAUCGUCGAGCUGCUCACCAUCAAACUGCCCCACAUCUACACCGCCCUUCUCCGCCGCGAGGGCGUGAUGUGGGAGAUCGAGAGCAUCGCUGCCCAGGAGCCGACUCAGCGACGAUCUUCGAGAAAGACCGCCGAGGCGCCUGGCAAGGACGCUGCAGCUAAGUCUGAGCCGGCGAAGGCGACCCCCACCAGCCUCUCUCUACCCAGCGGCGCCUCUGGUGCGUCCGUCAGGAAUGGCGGGGCUGCGGCCGUGGAGGAGGCCCUCGCCUCGGCUGGCCUUGCCCGCCUGAUCGGGGGUGGCAGCGCUAGCCUCGGCCCUGCCUCGGGUACAGCUUCUCGCGGUCAGAGCCAAGCCCAGAGUCUCGCGGACUCAGCCGACGCCAACAUUUGGAGGGCGCGAAUGCUCAGCCACAAGUUCAGCAGGGACGCCGCCAGCUCCGAUGGCGCCAAGCAGGCUGUACAGGCGCUGGACCGCAUCCAGCUGCUGGUGCGUCGCCUCGAUGUCGAGGGGGACAAGGACGAAACGGUGGCCCAGACUACGAUCGACGAAAUCACUGCGCUCUUCCUGAAGCCCGACGAGCCCAUCUCCAGCUUCGAGUUGCUGCGCUCCGGGCUCGUCGAGGGCCUGUACGCUUUCGCCACCAAGCCUUCUGCAGACGGCCUCUCUCUCGACCAACGCCGGAGCAUGCUGGUCAAAUCGCUGAUGCGGGUCGACUCGGCAGGCACGACUGCCGCCAGCGUCUUGGUCCGACGUCUCCAGGACUCGCUCAGCCGGCUCGAGAACGUCGACAUCACCACGGCGCUGAGCGGCAGCAGCGACGACUCCCGCCGCAGCGCGACGUCGAUGCUCGGUCGGCAGCUGAGGCUCAGGCUGGUCGCCGAGGACCCGGCCAACGAGAUCCCUCGGACCUGCAGCAACAUUGUAGUGACGAUCCACGCGGUCGCCACGUUCCAGUCCCUCAACGACUACCUGCGACCCAAGAUUGCUUCGGCGUCCGCCUCGACGGCCAGCGGUGGAGCUGGCGCCACCGGACCCAGCGCCACUUCUCGGCUCUCGAGCGUGCUCGCGGCAUUCGCGGCCGCCACGGGCUCCGGCGCCUUCCCGGACCUCUCGGACCGCACCGCGUUGACGUCGACCGCGCGCACGGCCCAGUCCGCAGCGAGCCGCGAUCAAGAAGCCGCGGAGGGCGAAGGGUCCCAGAGCAAACAGGAUGCCAGCGACUCGCCAAGCAAGAAGGCCUCGCCGCGGCGCAGCUCGCGCCUCAACAAGGAUGCUGAAGCAGCCGACCCCUCCGCCAAGCAGGACCGCGAGCCGGGCUCAUCCACGUCGACGGUUGCCAACACCAAGAAGGAGAAGACCGCCGCAGGCUCUGACUCUGUCGGAGGCUCCGCGACAGGCGCAACGGGCCAAGGCAGUAGGGACAGUGCGACGGGCGAGACUCGUGGCGCCAGCGACGAUGCCCGGGCCAUGGCGGAACGGCUGUUUGGCGAGGCGGCCGAGGGCGAAAGCGACGAGGCGCUGGCCAGGCGCCUGAUGGACGGCCUUCUGCACGACGGCUUCGAGGAUGAGGAUGGCCUCUCCGACGAAGACUUCGACGACGAAAUCCUGCAAAACGAGAUCGCCGCCGACGGGGCUUCGGGACUGCUCGAUGACGGUGGCGAGGCCGCUGACAAGACCAUCAACCUCGACGUCGACAAGGAAGCCGGUCAGGUCGUGGCCAAGACUCCGGACGGCACCAAGGUGCCCAGUCCCAGGGACGGCUCGACGACUCCCGGGCCCAGUACGGCGGCCAGCGGCAGCGGAAGCCCGUCAAAGGCCUCGUACGCAUCUGCGCUGCAGAAGAAACCGUCGGACUGGCACCUCGAGUUUUCGCUCGACUCGCAGCCCUUGUCGCUCGAUACGACCAUCUACGGCGCCAUCCAUCACUUCGAGACUAGCCCAGCGCGCAGCGGACCCGGCGCCGGCGCUGCAAACAGCAAGUACAUCUGGGGCAACGUCUACACGGUCCGCUACAAGAAGGUUGCAGGACCGGCCCCGAAAGCUCAGGACGAGGGCACGCCGGAGCCGAGCGGUGCAGGCUCUGUGGCCAUCGAGCUGCCACCGUCGGUCAAGCCCGACGCACCGUACGCCAAGCUGCUGCAGCUGUUGGCCGUGCUGCACGAUCUGAAUGGCGACUGGCGAGAGGCCCACGACCUCGGCGUCGAGACCGAGAUCACCCCGACCGGCUCCGCGUCGGCGCUGCCGGAAUCCGCGUUCGUCAACAACAAGCUCACCGCCAAGCUCAACCGGCAGCUCGAGGAGCCGAUGAUUGUUGCGUCGUCCUGCUUGCCCGACUGGUCGACGCAGCUGCCCAAGGUGUUCCCCUUCCUGUUCCCCUUCGAGGCCCGCUUCUCGUUCCUGCAGUCGACCGCGUUCGGCUACGCCAGGCUCAUCACUCGCUGGCAGAACCUGCACUCGCGCAGUCAGGACAGCACGUCGUCGUCGCUGCGGAUGGACGACUCGUUCGGCUUCCUGGCCCGCCUGCAGCGUCAGAAGGUGCGCAUCUCGCGCAGCAGCCUGCUGCCGUCGGCCUUCAAGGUGCUCGAGCUCUAUGGAUCCACCUCGUCUGUCCUCGAGGUCGAGUACUUCGAAGAGGUCGGCACCGGCCUUGGGCCCACGCUGGAGUUCUACUCGCUCGUGUCCAAGGAGUUUGCGCGCAAGGACCUCAGGCUCUGGCGCGACGACGAUGCCACGGGCACCCACACCGAGUUUGUGCGCAGCGCAAAGGGCCUCUUCCCGGCCCCCUUUGACGCGGCUCAGCUCGAGUCGGCGGAGAGCCGCAAGCGGAUCCACUCGUUCAAGAUCCUGGGCCAGUUUGUGGCCAAGGCGCUGCUUGACUCGAGGAUCAUCGACUGCAACUUUUCGCCCGUCUUCCUCCGCGCCGUGCUCAACCAGCCCAUGGCGGCCAGCCUCAACACGAUGAGCGCCGUCGACCCGGCGCUGGCGCGCUCGCUGAGGUCGAUGCAGGGGAUGUCGGCCGAGGACGUCGCAGGCCUCGCUCUCGACUUCACCGUCCCUGGCCACCCGGACAUGGAGCUGCAUGCCGGCGGUCGCGACGAGAGCGUGGAUGCCUCGAACCUCGAUCGCUACGUCGCCGAGGUGCUCGAGGCCAGCCUCGGUUCGGGCAUCAAGCCUGCCGUGCGCGCUUUCCGCCAGGGCUUCAACCUCAUCUUCCCGAUCGCAGCCAUGUCGAGCUUCACCGCCGAGGAGCUGGCGAUGCUCUUUGGCAACACCGACGAGGACUGGAGCGAGGCGACGCUGAUGAGCAGCAUCAAGCCGGACCACGGCCUCAAUGCCGAGAGCGCGUCGUUCAAGGACGUCGUGGCCAUCAUGGCCAGCUUCAGCGUCAGCGAGCGCCGCAACUUCCUGCAGUGGCUCACCGGGUCGCCCAAGCUGCCGAUUGGCGGCUUUGCCGGCCUGCACCCGCAGCUGACUGUCGUCAAGCGCCCGCACGAGCCUCCGUUGACGGCCGACGACUACCUGCCGAGCGUCAUGACGUGCGUCAACUACCUCAAGAUGCCGCUCUACUCGUCGAGGGAGACGAUGCGCCGACGGCUCGAGGUGGCCAUGAAGGAGGGCUCCACCAGCUUCCACCUCUCCUGA